CUGGCUGGCGGUGAGCGCUGCUGAAGGCUUGUGGCGCUAGCGGGGCUGUGGGCGUUAGGGACCCCCGCGCGCGCCGGCAGGAUGCAGAACGUCAUCAACACGGUGAAGGGGAAGGCGCUGGAGGUGGCCGAGUACCUCACUCCCGUGCUCAAGGAGUCAAAGUUUAAAGAAACUGGAGUCAUCACUCCUGAAGAGUUUGUGGCAGCUGGAGACCAUUUAGUUCACCACUGUCCUACUUGGCAAUGGGCUUCAGGAGAAGAAUUAAAGGUCAAGGCUUAUCUGCCAACAGACAAACAGUUUUUGGUAACUAAAAAUGUGCCAUGCUACAAGCGGUGUAAACAGAUGGAGUAUUCAGAUGAACUGGAAGCAAUUAUAGAAGAAGAUGAUGGUGAUGGGGGAUGGGUAGACACAUUUCACAAUGCAGGUUUUGCAGGCGGGACAGAAGCAGUUAAGGAGAUCACACUGGAGAGCAAGGACAAUAUAAAACUAUCAGGACAUCCAGCCUCUUGUGAAGAUGAUGAGGAAGAUGAAGGGGAAGCAGCUGACAUGGAAGAAUAUGAAGAGAGUGGGCUAUUGGAGACAGAUGACGCAACUCUUGAUACAAGAAAAAUAGCAGAAGCUAGCAAAGCUAAAGCUGAUGUCGGAGGGGAAGAUGCCAUCCUGCAGACCAGAACUUAUGACCUCUACAUCACUUACGACAAAUACUACCAAACUCCAAGGCUGUGGUUAUUUGGAUAUGAUGAGCAACGGCAGCCUUUAACGGUAGACUACAUGUAUGAAGAUAUUAGUCAAGAUCAUGUCAAAAAAACAGUAACAAUUGAAAAUCAUCCCCAUCUUCCUCCACCACCUAUGUGUUCAGUUCAUCCAUGCAGGCAUGCAGAAGUGAUGAAGAAAAUAAUUGAAACAGUUGCAGAAGGUGGGGGAGAACUUGGAGUUCAUAUGUACCUUCUUAUUUUCUUGAAAUUUGUACAAGCGGUCAUUCCAACAAUAGAAUAUGACUACACAAGACACUUUACAAUGUAACUAGAAAUCACAAAUGUCUAUGCUAAUUACUGGUUCUGAUUUUUAAAAAAAAAACCCUAUACAUGUGACUCGUUUGUUCAGCAUUGUACACCGUUUCUGUAACAUUCAACUUUUAUCAAGUUUAUGCAUCAAAAUAAAAAGUUCCACUACCAGCC